AUGCCUACCCGCCUUUCCAACACCCGCAAGCACCGCGGUCACGUCUCUGCCGGUCACGGUCGUGUCGGCAAGCACCGCAAGCAUCCCGGUGGUCGUGGUCUCGCCGGUGGUCAGCACCACCACAGAACCAACAUGGACAAGUACCAUCCCGGUUACUUCGGUAAGGUCGGUAUGCGCUACUUCCACAAGCUCCAGAACCAGUUCUGGGCUCCCGUCAUCAACCUCGAGAAGCUCUGGUCCCUCGUUCCCGCCGAGCAGCGCGAGAAGUACCUCUCCGGCAAGGGUGACUCCGACUCCGCCCCCGUCCUCGACCUCCUGCCCCUCGGCUACUCCAAGGUCCUCGGCAAGGGCCGUCUCCCCAAGAUCCCCAUCAUCGUCCGCGCCCGCUACGUCUCUGCCGAGGCUGAGCGCAAGAUCAAGGAGGCCGGUGGUGUCGUCCAGCUCGUCGCAUAA